AUGACUAUCCAAAAUGACAACUCCGUGGCCAGAAUUAAAAGGAAAAUCUUUUUCUCCUCUCUCUCUCUCUCUCUCUCUCUCUCUCUUUCAACCUUGCUUCUGUAAAAUCAUGGCUACGAAUCUCUCUCUCCCAAGCUUCCAAGGCUCUCUUUUGAAAUCCCACUUUCUAGGAAAAGCCCAACUCUCUCAUCGUCCUUACAAACCAACUUUCACAUUCUACAAACCCCAAUCUACCCAGUACCAAGGAACAUGUGCCAAGUUCAACCUCUUUGAAAUCCUAGGGGGCAGAGGACUCUGUAAUGGUGAAGAAGGUAUACAAAAAGAGCUUACAAGGAACAUCGAAGAGCAAGCACCACCAGCUUCUGUUAAUAAAGAAGAAAAAUCACCAGCUUCUGUUAAUAAAGAAGAAAAAUCAAGUGCUCCUGCUCUAUCAACCACUGAGGCUGUUCCAGAAGAUGGUUUUGAGAAGGAGUUGAUGGGGCUAACCGGAGGAUUUCCUGGUGGUGAAAAGGGCUUGCAAUUGUUCAUUGAGAAAAACCCACCACCAGAAAAGCCAACUGCUGCAAGCUCAGGAAAUGUAACAGAGUUUUCGAGCGGAAAGAAACCUAAAGCACCUGAACUGCCAUUGUUGCUUCCUGGUAUGAUUGCCAUCGUGAGCAACCCAAAUAGUCCUUACUACAUGUAUUGUGGCAUUGUACAGAGAAUCACUGAUGGAAAGGCUGGAGUUCUUUUUGAGGGAGGAAACUGGGAUAGGUUGAUUACCUUUCGGCUCGAUGAGCUCGAACGCAGGGAAAAAGGUCCUCCUGGGAAAAAUCCCAAGUCUGCUGUCCUUGAACCUCUGCUUGAGAAGGAUGCUUAAGGAAUCAUCUUUUAAAAUUUCUCAGUCUCAUGCUUGUAUAUUUAUUUUCUGAAUGUGCAGUUUUGACAUUUCUCUUUUACAUGGCAAAUAAAAUGUGAAUGUGCAGUUUAAAA